AUAUUCCUGGUCGCACCGUUCUCCGACUUGUCGGGAGAUCGGAGGCCAACAGAAUAAGGGGAAAAGGCCAAGAUGCAGCACGUAACUUUAUUGACUUUGGCGCUCACCUUGAUUGCAACGAUUUGUUUAGCAAAGUCACCCUAUCAAUCAGUUCUUCAGCACAGCAGGAUAAGAGGCAGACAGCAUGGACCCAAUGUGUGCGCGAUGCAAAAGAUACAGGGGACGGACAAGAAAUACUUCACCAACUGCAAGCAAUGGUACCAUCGUAAGAUCUGCGGCAAGCCAACGGUGAUCAGCUAUGAGUGUUGCCCCGGUUAUGAGAAGCUUCCAGGGGAGAAGGGUUGUCCUGCUGCCCUGCCGUUAGUGAACAUCUACAACACGCUGGGUGUGGUUGGAGCCGCCACCACUAAGAUGUACUCAGAGAGGGCUCAGCUGAGGGAGGAGAUCGAAGGACCAGGGAGCUUCACCUUUUUCGCUCCCAGCAACCAGGCCUGGGCGGCCCUACCCAAUGAAAUCCUGGAUGCUCUGGUGAGCAACGUGAAUAUUGAGCUGCUCAACGCGCUCCACUACCACAUGGUGAACCGCCGUUUGACCUCUGAGGACCUGAAGCACGGGUCGGCCUUCCCCUCCAUGUACCAAGACUUCAACGUUCACAUCCACCACUACCCCAACGGAAUUGUAACAGUGAACUGUGCUCGUCUGGUGAAAACAGACCAGCAUGCGACCAACGGGAUCGUGCACGUCGUGGACAGAGUCAUCACCGCGGUUACCAACGACGUGCACACUUUCAUCGACACCGACGAUGAUCUGGAGACUCUUCGUACUGCUGUUGCUGCUGCUGGUCUGACCCAAAUGCUGGAGAGCGAUGGUCACUACACGGUGUUCGCUCCAACCAAUGAAGCCUUCGAGAAGAUCCCCCCUGAAAUGCUCAACAGGAUCCUGGGAGACCCUGUCGCUCUGAAAGACCUGCUGAACUACCACAUCCUGAAGAACAUGCAGUGUGCAGAGUCCAUCACAUCUGGUACUCCCCUGGAGACCCUACAGGGGACUGUGCUAGAGGUGGGUUGUGAUGGGAGUGACAUGACCCUCAACGGGAAGGCCAUCAUCCAGAAGAAAGAUCAGCUGGGGACCAACGGGGUCGUCCACUACAUCAACGAGCUCCUCAUCCCAGACUCAGACAAGGAGAGCCUGUGCAUAGAGAACUCCUGUAUCGUUGCCCACGACAAGAUCGGCCGUUUCGGUAGCAUGUUCACAGUCGACAAGGUCCUGACUCCCCCAAUGGGCACUAUCAUGGAUGUCCUGAAGGCUGAUAACCGAUUCAGUCUGUUGGUCGGUGCCAUCCAGACGGCUGGCUUGACAGAGCUGAUGAACCAGGCCGGUCCCCAUACCGUGUUCGCUCCCACCAACGAUGCCUUCAGCGCCUUGCCAAAGGCUGACCUCAACAAACUCAUGGGCAACCCCAAGGAGCUGGCCAGUGUGUUGAAGUACCACAUGGCUAAGGAGAUUCUGGUCAGUGGAGGAGUGGGCUCCCAUACCAGACUGAAGCCUCUGCAGGGAGACAAGCUGGAGCUGAACAUGUGGAGAAAAGAGAGGAACCAGACCGUGUACAUCAACAAGGUCCCAGUGGUUGAAGCCGACUUGAUGGCCACCAAUGGAGUUGUCCACGCUGUGGGAGCCAUCAUAAAGCCACUGCCUCCUAAGGUUGACAGGGAACAGGCUGAUGCCCCAGUCUCUUCCAUGAGAACGGACUCAAGAAUCGGAGUAAAAAAUGAUGAUCUCUUCCAGAAAGUCAGGAAAAGUCUCUCCAGCAGGACGAUGAGUCGCGUCCAGUAAGACAAAUUUAAGAGGAGAAAAAAAAAACCAUAAUUGCCUACAGUACAUCAACACAAAAUCACGGGAUUGUUACUUUUGUUGAUGGAAAAUAUUCUUAUUUGGAACUCUAAAAGGGAGUCUUAUCGAUCUAAUUUAGUCAAAGAUGAUCAAUAAUAACCCAGCAUUAGAUGAACACAGAGAUGGGAUAUCUCUUAGUGGAAUAUGUUAUAGAAUUGCUUUCAUAUACCAAAAACCAAAGAUUUGAAUUGAAAUAGAAUUAACUUUGUCUGUUUUCUUUCAUGUAAAAAUGGUCAACCAAAAGAAAAAACAGCAACUAGCUAUGACUACAUAUACUGUAGUUUCAUCAGUGUUUUGAAUGUUCACACGUGACUUCUGUUUUUAAAUGUAAACGCAGAGCAGAUUUUUUUGGUUGAGAAAUGUAUACUGUAUUUUGUUUUGAUAUGAUAGAUGUAGCAUGUUUUGCAUGUUUUGGCUGGAAUGGAAAAGCUAUUCGUGCACACGCAAAUCAAGGUUGAAGUCAUGGCCUCUUGAGUUCUGAUUCUCUUUCACUUUUUUUUCGUCAUUAAACCUAAUGAAAACAAUAAUGCACCCACAGUCAAGUCACAUGCUUUCCAUGUGUAACAUACUGUAGCAAUAUAUUUUUUGUGUGGAAACCAAAGAGCAAUGGUCUCACAUUUCAAAAAUAAAAUGUUCAUUUUGUA